AUGAACCGAAAAGCUGAACUUAUGCCUGAUUUCCGACGUAUGAACAAGGCAGAAAUCACCGGAGAUAGGACCAGACACGUCCUAACCCUCAACCCCAACUCUGCCAAACAUGGAGAAGAAAUCUACGUUAAUAGUCCAAAGCUAAAAGCCGGCUCCGUUUUCGUACCGGACAGUAUGGCUUUGGUCUUCGACUUUAAGAACAGUAACACAAAAUCCUGGUUCAAAAACAACUUAGGUAAACUACUCCAAAGGAGAUUGGAAAUUUGCCUCGCAGGAGAAAAAGUCUAUGAUAACAGUGGAGAAAGCUUGUUGGAGGUCUACAAGGACCUAUGGUUACACAAGAAACAGCGUGACGACAUGAUGGAGGAUGGCAUCGCAAGCGAAGCCACGAGGAAAAAAAAUAUCCAAAGACGAUGCACCAAACGACGAUGUGGAUGCCACCGCAUUGUUCGAAGUAUUCGGAACAAAACAAAGAAUCCGAAUCGGUAAAAUUCUAAAAGACCAUGGACUCUAUAUAUGGCAAACGAUCUACAGUAUGUCAUAACCCUACCUGCAGCAGAUGAAAUCAUGAACGCACAGAGUGAAGAAAAUGUGGAAGGGUAUACCCUGGAAGACAUCGAAUUGGAGUACGAAUUCAUCGACAACAUCUAAUUGGCAAGAAAAGUGGAAAGUCAGUACAACGUCGGACGUAAGCUGCCUUUCGAACAUGUCAUCUUCAUGAAAAAGACGGAAUGGAGUAUGGACUCCAUCAUUAUCAACGAAACGAUCAACGUGCCACGCAGAAGCAUGAAAGCCAUCGUUAUGUUGUUUACGAACAAGACAAGGACAGACAGUGAAGAAUAUGUUUACCCCAACAUCGAAAAGGUUAGAGUAACCGUGGAAGGUGUGCCCCACGCAGUCUACAGUCAAAGCAUUCCGAAAACAAGACUGUACGAAGAGGCAAGACGAUUAUUCGGCACCGGUGAAAUCAGCCACCAAACACUAACCAACUUUUUCAAAGACAAAAGUUCGCGCUGUUCAUCGAUCUCAGAACCGUAAAUGAUGUCAGUACAUUUGGAAACGGUGCUAAAAUUCAGAACACUCAGUCCGGAAUACUGGUGGAAAUGACGAAAAAAGCUACAACUGCGAACGUCAUAUGUUCGUUCUUUCUGACGGUGCCAUCGGAAUUGAAAACGGACAACUCAUGCACCGGAGUACAGCACUUAAAUAUUUAGGGAUCACAGUUUUUCCAAACCCAAAGGGUCUGGAAAGUUUCCAUACUUAGUUGUCAAUGUCGGUCUUUGGUUCUUCUUCGGAAGGUGGUGGUCCGGGUGCUCUUCGGUAAACAUUAUUUACGGUCGUCACUCCACCGCUAACGAUCCCCAAAUAGGGUAUGUACGGGGACAGCUUUCCCACCACACUUCUAACAUCACUCCUGAACAGUUUGUCCUGAUUUAAUUUCGUCUUCAGCUCUUCCCCACUGUCCACCAUGUUGAUGGCUUCCAUAAGACCGGAAAAUUUAUCAAUCAGAGCUUCCGUCAGCAGGAUAUUGGCCUUUUCCCUUUGUGCGAUGAUGUAGUCCUUCCUGACUUUUGCAAUGACUUUGUCGGACACUUUCCUGAGAUAUUUUUCAGACUGGGUAACUCCCCUGCGUUGGACAGGCGGAUAAGCUCCGCCCUGUGGUCCUCAAUCUCUGUUUCUUCUGCGGAUUCCUUGAUGGUCGGUAAUUUCGGUAACACCCUAAAAUGGAAACGUUUAAGCCCCCGAGUGCAUUGAAUUUGACGGGAAACUUGCGAGAGAACUGAAGGCGAUGGAUUCAGCGAUUCGAGUUGUUUUUGACCGCGUCAGGGAAAGUCAAAGAAACGGAAAAAGUCCAGUGUGCAAUUUUACUUCAUCUCAUCGGUGAUGAAGCCCUCGAAGUCUACAACACGUUUACGUUUGGCGAGGGCGAGGAUCGUGAUAAGUUGAGCGUGUUGAAGAAGAAAUUUGAAGAUUAUGUAAAUUGUCGAAAGAAUACUGUAUUUGAACGAUAUAAAUUCUGGGAAUGCAAACAACAAGAAGGUGAAACAAUCGACCAAUUUAUAACGGAGUUGAAAACACGAGCUAAGUCAUGUGAAUUUGGUGAUCAAACGGACAGCAUGAUUCGAGAUCGUAUAUUAUUUGGGGUGAGUGAUAUUCGAUUAAAAGAACGAUUGCUUCGUGAAUCGUCUGAACUCACUCUUGAAAAAGCUGCAAGUUUGUGCCGAGCAGCGGAAGAAAGUGCGAAACAGCUCAAAGAGCUUCGGAAGCAAAAUGUUGAUCCAAGUAAACCGGAAGUUCACGUCGUAAAGAAACCCACUCGAGGUGAGUCGCUAUUUGAUUGUAAUAGAUGUGGAACUAAGCAUGCAGUAA